AUGGCGGUCUCCAUGCGUGUCCCUACUUGGGCUUUUUUUGUGGCGUGUCUCGGGUUGAGUGCAAACGUUUUUAGUCAACAACCUUACUGUGUUCCCACUACCGGUGUUACACCAGGGCCAAACGAUCCAACAUUUCCCGAACUGCCGCAGACAUUUCAGACCAGGGUGGAGGCGACGAUUGAGGACAAGAGCUACACAGUGUCGGCUGAGGAAUACUAUGACGGCAAUAAUAACAGAGCUACUCUCACUAUGUAUAAGGAUGGCGAGCAGUUCAAAUUAAUAUUCGACUAUGCAAACGACCAGCUCUUUUACGCCUAUCCGGACGGUUCGUGUAAGGUUGAUAACUUAACCAAUGAUGAUAAUAACAUCUUCUUUGGAAACAACGAACAAGGUGGUAAAAUCCAUGUAUUUACUACAACUGGAGUUCUUCACUUCUUACAGCAAAACCAGCAAUAUAUGGGACUUUCCACAAUUCGAGGAGUACAAUGUGAUCACUGGAGAACAUGCACAACAUGGAAUGAACUCAACUCCACCUUUUAUUUAGACUAUUAUUUUACAACUGCGACGUGGGUUACCCCAGCGGGAUGGCAACAAAUUCCUGUCCGAGCGGAAGUCCAGGGACAGCAGAAGAUGGCAGAUGGCUCUUAUGUACCAUUUCAUCAUUUUUACGACUAUACGAACUUUAGAGUCGAAAUUGACGCCACGAGUGACGUGUUUUUGACGCCCCCUGGCGUUGUUUGUCCCGGAAGGAAACAGACCAGGCCAGUGCCAGUUUUAAAAAAGGCUUACAUCUAUAGGGAGGAAAUUGUGGCCCCUAUAAACAAUGCUAUAACAGAAGCGGAUGUUUGGUAUGAUGAUGCGUUCAAACUAGUACGCUAUGACUUCCGUCCCCAACCGAACACACCUCCUUAUUACAACACUGACGCGGCUACAGAGAUCCACGAUUUCAACACCGGCAUAUCUUACAAUAUCGACAAGACGAUGGGAAACUGUACAAUCACGCCUAUUAAAAACACAUCUUUCGACGCCAGCAUCAAUGUGACAACAUCUAUAAGCGGAAGGCCGUCCUUCGUCUUACAAAUGAAGUCACCAGGACAGUUAUUCUACCUAGAUAAUUCCUACUCAUUUGAAGGCCAGCGGUAUGCUAGAGAUAUGCUGUGUGACGUCUUCAUUGCUAAACGAAGUGACUUUAAGUUAGCAGGAUUAACGCUGAAUGCAACUUUCCAGUUCUUCUUCUUAUCGAAAACCUAUACCGAGAAGAACGACGAAGGCAACAUUAACAGGGCAGACACAGAUAUUCCCAUCCGCUUAGAUAUAAGCGUCACAGGGAUACCUUACAGCGCCAGAUAUAACAUUUAUGACUUUUCACAAGAAGAUCCAGAAAUAACCAAAUUUGAUAUUGGAACAUGCUUUGAAGUCGACGACAAAAUACCUUUCAAAAUAUCAUUCCCAGGCACGUUUGAUGACAAGGUGCGCGUUUAUCGGGAAGUUUUCCUGUUCGAGUCCAUCAAUUUGGUAAAAAUGGCAACAGGAGUCUCUCCUUUAAGGAUCCAAGGUGCUGACUUCCAGAUGGAAUACGACCAAGCCUUCUUUGUUGGAACAUUGCUCGAGAAGGCGCCAUCAAUUACAAAGUUUAGACAGAUAAAAGGCCAAGUACUUCAGUAUCACAACGACAAGACCAUCACUUACGUAUCACAAGCUAGUGACUGUGCCGAUUACUGCGUGACGAACAACUUCACGUGCAACAGUUUUGACUUCUGCGCCAAGUCGCAGGUGUGCACUCUCAGCAGGAGUCAUACAGAGGACGGAACACUCGUGGGAAGCGGAGGAUCAUGUGAUCAUUACUCAAGAACGCUGGGAUCUACUUUCCGUCCCGAACAAGACUUGCAGACUGUAUGGGAGAAGCUCAGAAACGCCGUUGUUCGGGGGUUGUUUGUGCUGAACGUAAAGAUCGACCCAGCAACAAUUUCUUAUAAGGCAUCAGACAUAACAUCAAGCGUGUCGCUUGGGGGUGGCAGAGACCCGUCAUCAACGAGCACGUUGCAACAUUUUAGGGCAAUGCAUAACAAGUAUGUGCCUAAUUAUGAUGACGAUAUCGAAAACGGGUUAUCUGUGGAUGAUUGUGCUGCUGCUUGUGUUGGUGAGGAGGUUUUCAUCUGUAAUUCAUUUGAAUACGAAUGGAAGUCCGGGCAAUGCGUUCUGUCACAUUUCCACCCGGACGAUGACCCAAAGAAGAUUAAGAACACUCCAGGCAUCGAUCUGUACAUACGGGACUACACUUCGAAAUUUAACCAGCAGAAAGGAACCACAGUGCUUUCAUCGUCUCCGGUAAUUUAUCAGGGGAUAUAUGACGUGAACCAGUGUGCCAAAUUAUGUGUGGACUACCACGAGUUCCCUUGCAAGUCUUUUGACUAUUGCGAUGAAAUAGGCACGUGCUUUAUUGGAAAAGUCCACGUCCUCGAUGUCCCCAAGUCUGGGAUAAAAGUUUCACCACAAUGUGAUCAUUAUUCCAGACAAUACAUUGACGACUUUCAACAUUACCAGAGAAAGCUUUUGAAGUUGGUUGAUGAUAGAAUCAUUACGGGCCUUUCUCUACAAGAAUGUGCUAAAGCAUGUGUGGAUGAAGAAGCUGCAGGUUGUGCCACAUUCUCUUACUGUGGAAAUUACACAGAGUGUCGACUUAGCGGAGUUUCCCUGAGCUCUGCUGGGCAGUCUACAGUCCAGGCCAGUGCUUUCUGUGAUAUAUACUCACGGAAGUACUUUCCAAAUGGGCAGGUCUACGCUGCUAAGGUUACGGCGCCUGCUCCAUCAGGAUAUAGUGGCGGUGCGAUGGCUGGACUAGCGUUCGGUAUGAUUGUACUGGGGCUUAUAAUAGCAGCAGCAGUGGUGGUCAUAUACCUUAAAUCCUCCAACAAAACAAUGGACGAUAUGAAGAUAUCAUUUAAACGAAUGGAUGAAAAUUCUGAUUCCUAG